CAUGCACUGAGGUGUUUCUAUCUGCGAGAAGAGAAGCGAAAGGGGGGGUACUUGAUGUCUUGAUGUCUAUGUUCGCUCCCUGUGCUUGCUUGCUUGCGUUUUGUGGGAGUUCAGAUAAUGUUGUGAUUGUGAUUCUAUUAUUCGGAGUUAGGUUAAGUAAGAAUGCAGAACAUUAUCAAGAAACUAUCAUUGGAUUUUAAAUGAUCACCUUAGAACAUGAUAGCUUCUAAGAUGGAGAUGGACACAGCAUUGGAACAACCCUUUAGAACCUACUCUUAAACCACUGGGUAGCCCAGUGCCAAAUUAUUCAACUUUACUAGGUUACAACAUCCUCAUCAUGGAAAUGGGUGUUCGGAAGUUGCCCAAAAAACGUAAAUUCAAUCUGGAUGAACUGGAGGCCAGUAACAACCAGGCCCAAUGCAUUCCAGUCUCUGUUGUCCAGUGCACCAGCAUCAUGUCUGCACCCCAAGCCACAGCAGUAGAUUACUCUUGCCCCCAAAAGGUGGUGUCGCAAGAUGAGGCGCUUUACAAACCGGCCAAUAAUAAACAAAACGUCGUGGAUCUCAGCGAAUGGUGUGAUCAUAGAGUUUUAGCAAAGCAAGGCGAAUGGUACUAUCCAGGCGUUAUACGUGAAGCUAGUGGAUCAACUAUCACGGUAGCUCUAGAUGGUAGAGAAGAAAAACUAGUAACGUACGAAAACGUAUUCGACAAUGAAUGUUACAAUGUGAUAGGUGAUGCAAGUCCAUCGAUAAACCAAAUAAGCUUAGGCACUAGAGUAUGCGUUAGGCACAACCAAUGCAUGUUUGUGGAGGGAGUAGUCUGUAGCAUCCUCGAACAACCAGUUAGAUUCGUUGUGGCAGUCAUAGGAGAAAAAUCGUUCGAAGUGACAGUGAAAAGAGCAGAAUUGAGGCUUCUCAGGCCACCUUGGUGGGAUGAACUCGAGAAUCUUGAGGCGGUUAUAGAUAAUAUCAUCCCGCCAAUUGCCACGAUAGAUCACUAUAGGACUAGCCAGACCUCGCCUACUCAGCUACACACGCCUGUGUCAGUUUGUACGCCUUUGAGUAAUGGAAGGCAGUAUGAUGAGUUUUGUGAGAGCGAGGAUGAGCUUAGGCAAGACAACAUCACGUUUAAUGCAGAGAUGGAUGCAAAGUUGUCUGGAAGUAGUAAGAGGAGUAGCAUGCACAGCAGAGGAAGUUCGUCUAGUAGUAUUACUUUGAGGUCCCAGCCAACUACACCGAGGAGUCAAGCGGCGACACCCCACAAGUACAAAAAGGGGGAUGUGGUUUCGAAUCCGAACGGGAUCAGAAAGAAAUUCAACGGUAAGCAGUGGCGGCGGUUGUGCUCGAAAGAUGGCUGCACAAAGGAGAGUCAACGCAGAGGGUAUUGUUCGCGACAUCUCAGUUUGAAAGGUAAUAGUCUUCGUACUGGCCAUUUUCCUAGAUCUAAUAGUAAAGGGGACGGUGAAGAUACUUCCAGGGAUUCGGAAACGUCACCCAACUGCGGCGAAAGGAGGAUAGCUGGAAGAUUCGACCAAGAGGAGACUGAGGCUGCCAAUAUGUUGGUAUCAUUAGGUAGUUCAAGAUCAGCGACACCGGCAUUCUCGCCCAACGGUGGCCAAGGAUCUUCACCUCACACAAUGCAAUCUCCAAUUACUGUGGGGUCAAGACAAAACGUAUUCAUGCCGAUCCCCAGCAGUCAUUCCCAUGGAAUGCAGAAGAUGACAUCGCCUGGCCCUCCGGGAUACAACCCGCCAUAUCACCAACCAGUUGUCAGGCCUGAAGCCAGACCAGUCCAGGGUAUCACAAGCGUCAUCAGGGUAUCACCAAGACCUUGGCCAAACAAUGUAACAGAACAACAAAGCGUCAUUUUACAACAUGCAUUGACAAACAGCACUAGUCAACAAGCUGAACCUGAAAACAGCACGUUGCCCCAACAAGGAACUCUUUACUGUGUGGUACCACCAGCAUACGAAAAGAAUGUUAUGAUUAUAAAAAACCAGCUCGACAGUGAACAGAAAGAACUGAAACCGUUUCAAAGACAGGUGAUUCAAAGUGACCAUUUACAAACUGCCCAACUGAUACGUGUGACGCCGAACAAUAACAACAACAAUUCUCACUUCACUGGAAGUGGAAUGAUGCAUUCUGGCUCCACGAACAGCGGGCUGCCGGUUAUCGUGAACCCCACUCAAAUAGUGCCGGUGUUGCCCUCUGCGACGCAGUGUGUAGUCAGGAGAGUCAUUCCCACUGCCACGAUUCAACAAAAUCCACCGCCUGUAAUCAUUAAAAGUGAGCAAGGUGAGCCAAUGUCAGUGCCAACUGAAGAAGAUGAUGACGUAUUCGAGUCGGACUCGAUUGAAACCUCCAGCAUGGAUAACAACAAAAGGAGAAGUCAGUCUCUGAGCUCAUUACAUGGCAAUGAUAAGGACUCUAAGGUGAUUCAAAGUGACCAUUUACAAUCUGCCCAACUGAUAAGGGUGACGCCGAACAAUAACAACAACAAUUCUCACUUCACUGGAAGUGGAAUGAUGCAUUCUGGCUCCACGAACAGCGGGCUGCCGGUUAUCGUGAACCCCACUCAAAUAGUGCCGGUGCUGCCAUCUGCGACGCAGUCUGUAGUCAAGAGAGUCAUUCCCACUGCCACGAUUCAACAAAAUCCACCACCUGUUAUCAUUAAAAGUGAACAAGGUGAGCCAAUGUCAGUGCCAACUGAAGAAGACGAUGACGUGUUCGAGUCAGACUCAGCUGAAACAUCCAGCAUAGAUAAUAUCAACAACAAAAGGAGGAGUCAGUCUCUAAGCUCGUUACAUAGCAAUAAUAAGGAAUCUAAACAAAAUAAGGAGCGGAUAAGACGACCAAUGAACGCGUUCAUGAUAUUUUCGAAAAGACACAGGGGUCUUGUGCAUCAGAGGCAUCCUAAUCAGGAUAACAGAACCGUCUCGAAGAUUUUGGGUGAAUGGUGGUAUGCCUUGGGUCCAGCUGAAAAGAAAAAAUACCACGAGCUGGCAUCAGAAGUGAAAGAAGCUCAUUUCAAGGCUCAUCCUGAAUGGAAGUGGUGCAACAAGGACCGCAGGAAAUCCUCAACAGGUUCAGGCAGAAGCAAACUGAGCUCAACGGGUGAUAGUGGCGAAGCCAUCGACAUGCCAAUGAGUCCUAGGAUACAUUCUCCUCCUCACACCUCCACUGAACCACCAAGGCAGGCUUUGCAGGGUCAAGACUCUUUAGCGGACGUAUCUGAUGACGACGGUGGGAUGGUGAUAUGUGAAGAUCUGAAUCCUGACAUGGAUCUCAAGUGCAAGGAAAAAGUGACCGACUCGGAUUCUGAAUCUCAAAGUGAUAUGGAGCCGUCAGAAAACAGGGUGUUCCAGAGAUUUAGUCCUGUGACGACGAGCAGUUGCGCGGAGGUGACGUGUAGGCCGAAACCUAUCAAAGCUAGGAUUCCAUCGACGGAAACGCCCAAGUUCAGUCCAGCUCCCACUUCAAAUACUUUCAAUUUUCAUUAUUCACCUGUGAAUCCUACGGGCAUAUCGGGGUUCCAACCGACUGGAGGGGCGUUCAAGACGAUGCCUGCGUCACCGAAAGUUGUCAAGAAUGAUGUCGCUAAUGAGAACCAUGACAACUGGUCAGGUGCAUCAAUCAUCAACAAAACAAACGAAGUAUCUCAGUGGGUGAACAACACAUCGAGCAUCCAAUCUAGCACCGUUACGACCAGGACGAAUCCUACCCUAGCGAUCUUAAAACCGCAACUUAAACAAGGGCUAAACGAAAACCUCGGCCAAACGUACCCUUCCCAGCCGUUGACGGUGGUCAUAGGUGGACAGUCAACCAUCUGCUUGUCAAACGAAAAUGAACGACCGCAACCUUUCGUUGUAGUGGCCUCGACGGCCUCGGAUCUGCCGGUCCACCUGUACAUGCAGUCCUCCUUCAGCAUUCCUGUGUCGGACUCCACUGGCAGGAGUUUGUCCCUGCAGGGACUGCAGUUGCUGCCUAAGCCUAAACACACUCAGAGCGUGAUUGUCUCGCAGGCGCAGGGUAAGGUUGUCACGUCGCAAGCUGAGUACCCGCCUGUGCAGACGACUGUGGUUACGUCGACCAAGACAUACAACAGUGCUUCUGUUCCAGGGACACCUUCAGCUGUUUUCAGUAAUGACAAAGAUGGAAAUAGCGAAAAAGAGUUGAAAUCUCCAGCGAUUUCCGAUAUUAGACCGCCAUCUAGAGAUUCGUUGGGCUUGGAGCCGCAGAAUCACGAAUUCAAACUUGCCCCAACGCCAGCACAACUGGGAAAGGCACCUUUGCAGAGAAGGCAAUCUAUGGCCAUUUUCAGUACAAACAAUCCACAAGUGUCUCAAGAAAAUAAUAGUGCAUUGCCACCUCCUACUUCAGCGUCUGAGGAAAUCAACCAAAGUGAUUUAGUGUCGCCUUCGACCAAAAAGAGCUUCUUCAAGCGGAAUAUUGAAGAUGGAAUGGACAGGGUAUUGGAGCAGGUGAACUUUGAGAAAAAGUUUACAGCUUUACCUCAGUUCAAACCAGAGGAGGGUCAAUCGCCGAGUGCUAUAUCUGUGCCUAGUCCUGGUUUAUUUAAUUACAACAAGAAACGACCCCUGACUGCCACUCAUAGAAGUUCAGUAGAUGAGGAAACCGAGCCUGAACCUCCCCAAAGUGCCGGGGCUCCAAAGUCAGCAUCUUCAGCCAAGCCUAUUGUAGGCAACCAGUUCUUUGGACCUGAUUUUGAAAAUGUUAGGGCCGAACUGAGUACUGAAAUGGAAGAGGGUACCUCACCCCGCACACCUCGAACCCCAGGCACAUCACGGGAGUCAGAGAAAGGCCACCGGAAAACGUUGGAACAACGCCGUCAAUUAGUAAUGCAAUUGUUCCAAGAACAAUCUCUGUUUCCGUCGUCGCAAGCCACGUCGACCUUCCAAGCGCAGCACGCAGACAUAUUCCCGAACAAGGCGAGUCUCCAGCUGAAGAUCAGAGAGGUCAGACAGAAGAUGAUGGCCCAGACCUCGCUGACGCCAUCUAGCGUCAGUUCUCCGUUAACACCUGCGCCGGCUGAGCCAGUUAAGGUAUCGUCGAGUAGUUAGCUGUUAGUGUGCAAUAGCGGGUCUUCCUUUUCAUGUGUUAUUGUCAAUAUGACUGAGGACAAAGGUUAGUUACUUAGUAGACAGAUUUAUUUAUCCGAUCACACGAAGUGUGCUGUAGAUAUCGAGUGGUAGAUAAUACAGGUGGCGUAGAUAUUCGAAUAGCUGAACGAAGUGAUGAGCCAAGAAAUAGAUUUUUUAUAAGGAAAUCUUACAAUUUUCGCGACAAUUUUUUUCUGUGGUAUCGGUAGAUUAGCGUCAUGAUAGGGCAUAUUUUCAUAAACGCGUUUGAUCGAAAAUCCCGAAAUCCAUAGAUCCUACGUAUUAAAAUAUUAGAAACAAUUUUGUAGGGAAUUAAAUUCUCGUCAUUUUGUUUCUAUAAAAAAUUGUCGUAUAGUCAACCGAUUACGAAAAAUUAAAGGGUAAAGGUACAUGUAACGGCUAAACCACGAAUCCAAGAGUACAAAACUAUUAUUCAUCUACGAUUACGAAUUUUAAAGUGAAUCAAUUUUACACUCCCAGGUGCAAGUAAAGAAAAUUAGUGUGAUCAAGUCGCUCAUUCCAUCGGUCUGUCUAUUGGCCAUUUUGUCAAUUACUGAGUAAUUUCAGUAACCGCUGCACCAAUUUCAAUGGAAGAGAUGCAGCAGAUAAUCGUGGCUUAUGACAUUGCCCCCUUUCCAUUAAAAUCGUUGCAACAGUUGCUGAGGCCGCGGAGUUACAAAAUGGCCAGUAAACAGACGAUGGAAAUGAGUGAGUUUAUAUACUCCAACUACUACGAAAGCCUAAAGCCUAAACUUUCAUGGGGUACCAGAGGAAAAGGGGGGACGCCACACUGACUCCGGCGAGGGAAUACGUGUGCGUGCAUCAUGCACACAUUCUGGCCCCUCCUACGAGAUCCGCCGGGUGGUACCUCCGCGUUCAACAGUCAGAGACCGUCUACCACCUGCGGACAAUCACAACAUCCAUGGCCAAGUGAAACACUUUUCUUGGGACGGGAUUCGAACCCACGCAGCACACGGCAACUGGUUAGGAGACAGGAGAGUCUACCACUGCGGCCACCGCUGCUGCCUUUUCAUGAUGAAUAUGAACAUCAGAAAAUAUAUAAAUUUGAAGAACCAUCAUGGUGUCGAAAAAAUGUUGGGAACUUAUUUUGUAGAAAAUUUAAUUCUCUACAAAAAGGGUAGUAGUCUUUACACGCUUCGGUAAGUUUACCCAUUAUAAGCGAAAAUGUUACACGUACUUUUACUCUUACAUGUCUCGUAACCAGUUGACUGUACGACAAAUGUUCAUAGAAGUAAAAUGAUGACGAAUUUCAUUCCCUAUAAAAUUGUUUUCGACAUUUACUGUCGCCCAAAUUUUAUGGAAAUUACCGAUUUCCUGGCUCAUAGACCAAAUACAAAACAUGGGGCAAAAAUUCAAAGAAAGAUUCUUUCUGAUAAUGUUCAAAAUUGUUUCAGAAAUAUACAGGCACCUGAAGAACGCUAAUGCAAAUCUGCAAUAACAACAUUGUAACACGAUAAGGUCUAUGCUCUAUGGAAAACAAUUGGCUCAUUUUGUUCUUCAGGGACGGACCAGCCCUAAUACAAUUUUAUUUUUCAUGCCCUGUAUAAGGUAUUAAAAGUAAUAUUUUUGGGAGGCUUAUCUAAAAAAAUGAAAUCUGGCAGAAUUAAAUGAACGGUUCUUUUUUUAAUGGUCUGUACAGUAAUUUUGAUUACAGAUUCGGAAUAAGCUACCAGGAAAAUUGUACGUUGAUAGGGGCAGUAUUGAAACAAGGCUGUUUUCCUCAAAAGCAGUUGAUUUAAUCGAAAUCAGUCAAAGAUCCAUUUUUUUCAGAUAAAAAAUGAGGGUUGCUGCAUUAGUGCCCUGGAGAACUAAAUGAGCUAAUUAUUUUCCAUGGACACCAUCAUGUGAGGCCUGAACUAAUUGUUCAAGAAUUAUUUGAGAAAAACCGAAAAAGUACUACAUCAAAAAUCGUCAAAAGACAAAAUGGUAGGAUGAUCCAAAGAAUCAUCCCUUGAAUUGUUGGCCUAUGUUUUCCUGUAUACAUUUAUGCUUUCCUCAGUGUGAAUUUGGCCAUCUUUAAAUUUAUCUUCCAUCUUUAGGUUUGUGGAACCUAGUGGGUAAAUUGGGACUCAAAAGAAAAGUAUACAGUCAAUUUGAUUUUUGAUGCAUAAUAAACUCGCUACAGUGCGAGCAACAUAUGUCUACAAACACCUGGAAGGAAACUGUGGGUGUGGGAUCAAAUAACGCAGAUUCUUUCUCCAAAAUGAUGGAGAAAAUUGGAAUAUGUAUUUGUAUUUCUCUUCCAGGUGAGAUAUUCCGUAAACCAAAAUAUGUUGUUGACUUUGUUGCUAGCUAGCCAUCUGAAGUUAUGUUUUAAAAAAACUCUGUAUUUUUUGGUUACAAAGAAAUGCACUUGUUAUUUUUUUGCCAUGCUAAAAUACUUGGAGUGCAAUAAUUUACUCAAAAACUGAAAAUGAUGAGUGAUACUAUGCCACUUGUUCUACUUAUAUUCUAUUUCUCUGAUAUUUGGUUGACUUUUUAACUAAUAUAGAGAAAUCGUUAGUAGUGCAAUUAGACAUUUUUCGGACCAGUCUUGGAUUCAGCAAUAUAGAAUAACUCGUCUUAUUUUCAGUGUAACAAAUCAAUCAUGUUGAC